AUGCAGUGUAUGGUGAAUGGUGAUGCAGUGUACUGGGAGACUACUAUCAGUUCUUUCCUUGAUGAUUACCGGCCUUUUGAAGGAAUCAUGAUUGCUCACUCUGGGCGUUCUGCGGUGACUCUUUUUCUGUUUGGGGAGAUGGCGAUGAGCCAUUCGAAAACCAGGAUGGAAGAAACUUGGACAAUUGAAGAGGUAAUCGAUUUGAAUAGUUUGUUUGAUUUUUACAUUCAUAUGGUUGAACAAAUUGUUUUGCUUCUUCGGCUUGUUCCUUUACUUCCAUUUAACAUGUUGAACUACCUCUUAUCCGUGACUCCAGUCUCCAUUGGACAUUACAUGCUAGCUUCAUGGUUGGGAAUGAUGCCAAUUACUUUUGCCCUGGUAUAUGUUGGGACAACUCUGAAGGAUCUCUCUGACGUAACACAUGGAUGGGGUGAAUUUUCAAAAACCUGUUGGGUAAGAGCCUUAUGGUGUAGUUUUGUUUGGUUUUAG